CUCUCUCCGGAUACGAUGAUGUCUAACUGAACUGUCAGUUCGGUUGGGCUCGAGCCCCGUAGGGCUUUGCAUGGCCCUGGCAGAGCGUGUUUUUUAUAUGACCGACGGAGGCAUUGUGGUGGCACCGAGAGAUGGAGAACUGACGAAAUUACGGAAGAAAAUUGACCUCGAGAGCAUCCCAGCGUUGUCGGAUUGUGGGUGGUUGCGAUGACUAUACCGUAUAAUGAAUUGCAGGCUCUGUCGACUCUCUUGACGAAGUCGGAGGAAGCAAAAGAGCUGAAAGGAAAGGAAAGGACAAGCCCAUGUCCGUCGAACGACAAGAAAAAAGAAUCAGAUGAAGAACGUAUAGCCAGGGAAAGGAUCAGUUUGGCCCUGGAUGCUUUGAAAGACGAUAAGCGAACCAAGCCAACAUAUGAAUUUUUGUACAAGCAGUCGGUUUCUCCAGAGGACGUAUACUUUCAGAUGAGUGGCAAAGACCCGUCCUCCUUAUGUUGCGACGACAUGGUGAUGAGAAUACAACUGCCAGGGACAGAAGCCAUGCAUGAUCUGAAACUUGAUCUGAAACCAACAUAUAUGAAGCUUCUCUCCCCCAUCUACUGUUUGGGUUUGUUCCUACCACACAAGAUUGAUCCAAAGUGUAGCUCGGCUGAAUGGGACUACACUUCUAUGACACUAAGCAUUGUCAUGAGAAUAGUUCGAGAGGAGGACUGAUAUCCAUCAAUACAUAGGCGUCGGUUGGCAAACACACGAGUUGGAGAAUCAUUCCAACAAAUGAACUGUGAAAAAAAGGACGAUUUCAGCCAAGUUAGGGAGACCCACACAUCAAAGGCUCAGACCAUUUAGGUACCAGCCAGAACAAUACAAAGUGCUCCGUGAUUAUGAACCUCAUUACUGAGCUUAACCUUUUCAUGAGCAAAUCUUAAAUCACCAUGUCUACUUCGACUUAUCUCAAAUUUGCAAACUAAGACUUUUGAGAAUCCACACUAUCAUGUAGUUCUGAUUCUCAUCAACACAGAUACAACUAUGUACUCGUGAACAUGCACGCUGCUCCCUUACUGUCUGUCAUUAUCAUCAAAUCCACAUUGAGCCAGGAAAGGUUCUUGAAACUUCUAAAUAUCAAGUGCAUCUCUGAUCUCAAAUAUAGAUACUCACUAUCAACCAGGUCAUAUGCAUUGCGCAUAUGACCGUCUAGGCACCCUGCCUGUAGGCAUUCUUAGAGCAUUUCACAAGAUAGUCUCGGUGAAUAGCUCAGAUUCGCAAGCCAUACAGUUGUUGCAGACACUUGAAAUAUUGCCAGCUCAUGCAAGAAUCAAUAGGAAACAGUCAAAGACUCUUAAGACGUACAUGUCUAAUCGUGCAUUUUGACAAGUUAGG